AUGACUCUCGACAUCUUCCAGGCGUGUGAGCGCGGCGAUACACACGCGGUCCGAACCAUUCUCGACGGAGAGCCUUCCCUCGUUCACGCUACCGAUGCCUCUAACCGCACUUUGCUCACGCAGGUUCUCCAGAAGGGAAACGUCGAGAUAGUUCGCGAACUUCUUGCCCGGAAUGCUGACCCUCGUGUUGCACAAGCUGUUGCGACGCCGAACGAACAAAAUGCCGAGGCAUUUGCGAUUGUUCGCGAGGCUUCUUUGCACGCCGACACUCGCAUGGCUAAUAGCCAGUCAUCCUCUCGUACGGGUUCUGCGCAUUCGCCGACAUCAGGUGAAAAUGCUAAUGCGCCGCCAGCCAACCUGCCACCGCCGGAAAUCGCUCGUUUGAUUCCAUGCAAGUUUUUCCCCAACUGCCGGUAUGGUGACCGAUGCAUGUUCCAGCAUCCAAUCGGCAUAGCAUUGAACCCAGCAGACGGCUCUUUUCUUCCGCCACCACCUGGCUCUCAGCCUAUGUUCUAUCCAGGUCCGAACGGCAUGCCUCUUCAACCCCCUCCAAAUCCAUAUGGGGUGCCUCCGCCAUACAUGGACAUGAAUCCUCCUGUGUUUCAGAUGCCUUUCGGACCUAACGGAGCGGUCCCUAUGUAUGCCCCUCCUGUGAAUGCAUUGCCCAACAACUCAGACUCGAACAUCACGAAUUCGGCAACUGACUCUCAGCAACACAAUGCAUCGGUGACUGAAGAUUCUCAGUCUUCGACCAAUACCACGAGCUCUAACAUUGCCCAAAGUACUGCUCCCCAAACUUCCGGGUCUGCAGCUCCCGGCUCGGCGCCUCCUUCUAAUCAGGCCAGGCCAGCGAACAAGAAGACUGCCAAACCUUCGCGCUCGGAUAUGAAUCAGCGGAAUCGUAUGAAUGGCGGUCGUCCUUCUUGCGCAUUCUUCGCUCGCUCUGCCUGUCGAUAUGCAAAUGAAUGCCGGUUCCCGCACGUCCUGCCUGACGGCACGGAUGCUCGUCACUUGCCUAAUGAUCAAGAGGCGAAGUUGAACAAAAACCCGACGAGACGCACGAAUCAAGCAUCAGACCGCCGUGGCUCCGAUGUUGAAGCUGGUUCUAACGGCAGCUCAUCGGUCCAGGCAAAUGGCAAAAAAGGCAGUGGUAAUGCCCGUCGCUCCAGCAAUGCCAACAACGGACGUGGAAAAGGCUCACGUCGCGGCCAGACGACAUCUUCUCACGCAAAUCGUAAGACAGUGCAGCGUGUACCAAACAGCGACGAAUUUCCGGCCUUGCCAGGCGGAACGACUACAGAACCUCCAGCGCUCCAACAACAGUCUGGCAAGGCAAACUUUUCGGCUAUUUUGAGUGCCCCUGCCCCACCAAAGCCAGCUAAGACGUCACCUUCAAACAGCGAAACAGCGGCCAAGUCUGCAGCAGCAAAAUCACCUACUUCUUCCUCGUCCCCAACUGCUCCGGAGGAGCAGACCGAACCCAUAACUGAAUCUGGCAACAACAACUCGCAAGCCAAUGCCCAGGCCCCAUCGCGUGACUUUGCCGCUGUUGCGGCUACUCAGCCCAAUGCUGUUACUGCGUAA